AUGGUACAAACAUCACAUUUUUUUGUUUUACUCGCACUUCUAGUGUAUUAUGCAAAUGGAAGGGCUGGUUACGGACCGGGCGAGCAAGACUGGGGCUAUGUCGAUAUACGUACUGGAGCUCACAUGUUCUAUUGGCUCUACUAUACCACAGCGAAUGUGUCUACCUACACGACCCGCCCAUUGGUGAUUUGGUUGCAAGGAGGUCCGGGUGCCUCUUCCACUGGUUAUGGCAAUUUCGAGGAAUUGGGUCCAGUGGAUUUGUUUGGCCAUCAGCGGAAUUGGACUUGGGUUAAGGACAUGAACGUAAUCUUCAUCGACAAUCCAGUGGGCAGUGGCUUCAGCUAUGUGGAUAACCCUGCUUAUUAUACGGCGACAAAUAAAGAAGUUGCUUUGGAUCUGGUAAAUUUUAUGAAAGGGUUCUAUGCACUGCAUCCAGAGUUUGAAACGGUACCUCUGCAUAUUUUCUCUGAGAGUUAUGGUGGAAAAAUGGCCACGGACUUUGCCUUAGAGCUUUACAAUGUUCAACACCGCGGUGAACUUAAAAGCAAUUUGGUUUCUGUAGCUCUUGGUGAUCCAUGGAUAUCGCCCAUCGACUCCGUGCUGGCUUGGGGUCCUAUGUUGCUGCAGUUCGGUCUUGUAGAUCAUGAGGGUUACGAGUCCAUUAUGACGGCUGCCAACCUUACAGCUAAAUUGGUCGAAGACGAACGUUGGAUUCAGGCAACUGCUCAGUGGGACAUCACACAAGACGUAGUUUUACAGGCUUCGAAGGGAGUAGACAGCUACAAUGUUUUGAAGAAGACACGCGAGCAGAAAAGCUUUUCUCCGAAGGAACGCCUCUAUCGCGCUAUGAAUAACAAAGCCGACGACCUUAGCCAUGAGGAUCGCGAUCAGAUGCUUCUUAAUCUCAUGCGCGGUCCCGUAGCUAAAGCACUGGGAAUACCUAAGACGAUUCGUUGGGGCUCACAAGGCGACACGGUCUUUGAAAUACACCAAACGGAUUUCAUGAAGCCAGUAAUACAUAUAGUUAAUGAGCUUCUGAAUAAGACAUCCCUUAAAGUGGGUGUGUAUUCGGGCAGUUUGGAUCUGAUUUGCGCUACUCCGGGCACUCUGAAGUGGAUCGAGAAGCUGGACUGGAACAGGAAGUGGGAAUAUGCAAAGGCGCCACGUACUGCCAUUUACGUUCACCAUGUUCUUGAGGGUUAUCAGAAGACGGGCGGCAACUUCAGCAUGUUUUGGAUCAAUCGCUCUGGCCACAUGGUGCCGGCCGACAAUCCAGCUGCCAUGAGCCACGUACUACGCAAGUUUACCAACUACGGUUAGAGUAUUUAAUAAUGAGCCACAGCUAUUA